AUGGAUAUUUCAACAGGCGGCGUUGCUUCUUCAGGCUCGCUGCGAACGAAAAUCUCACUCAAGGGUGGUUAUUCUCAGUCAUCACUUGUGUGUCCUUUUCAUCUUAUGAAACCUGAAUUACCUCAACAAAGUGUACUGCUCGGAAGCCAUGAUCUCUUAGCUGAAUACGAUAUGAGUGCUGCUUAUCAUCGAUUUUGUGGUGCAAAAAAAAUGCGUGAAGAUUUGGCAUCUUUUUUACCGCAUCUUGUUGGCAAUUUUAAUUUCGAUUCCUCUCUAGAAUUUAGUUCAUUGCGAAUGCUAGUCGAAAAACCACCUAUUACUGGUAAAGAAAUUACAAGCUUAUCAUCAAGCGCUAUGGCCGGCUUCAGGCUAACACCUGGGGCAGUUCCUGAGCCAUAUAGAUUUUUUGAUAAACGAAUGGAUGAUUUAAAUAAUAGCAAUGGAAAUGAUGAUAUUGACGAGGAGGGUAAACUUGUGAAAAGAUUUAAAAGGAGUUUCGAAGAUCUAGAUGAUGUUGAUUCCGACAGAAAAUAUAAAAAACACAAAGGCGAUGAUAGUUAUAAGAAGCAAAAAAAGAAAAAAAAGGAUAAGAAAAAAAAGAAAGAUGGUAAAGAUGAGGAUUUAUCAAAAAAAUCUAAAAAGCUUUGA